CCUUCGUUUGGCUUGGCUAAUUUAUUUAUCACUCUCUUCUGGAGAGACAAGGGAACCAAAGUGCGGCAAGACGAGGCUUCUUAUACCAUUUGAUGGAGAUGUUUGGCAAAUUUAAUUCCGAAAAACAAUGAACUGUCUCUGGCUGAGGGACCGGGACAUGUUUUUGAGUCGCAGUCGCAGUUCCACAUGGUUAAAUGCGGAAAUGUGGGUUUUACUUCUUCUCCGCGAAAGCUGCACAUCACCUAUCGACUGGAAAUGGCCCGAACAGCCGUCUGCUGCACUCUGUUUUAGUCCCAUCAUUGUUUUAGGUUCCAGUGUGAUCGUUGUCUGCAUAAUAACAUGUUAUUAUCAUUUUAUUUGUUUGCCAGCUCAGGCCACUCCACUCUCGGAUCAGGCGGAGACUCGGAUAUCCAGAUACGAGGAGCAGUAUCUGCAGAGCAAGGUAAAGGUAGAGACGCAAUGUGCUAAAUGCUCGAAACACAUGUUCUUGUGUUUUUAAGUGUGUCUGCCGGAAUUAGCAUAAUUGUGGAUUUCACUUGGAAAAUAUCAGGGUUUCAUCGGAUGCUUCAGAGGGUGUUCGGUCACUCAACAUAAAUUAUUUUUGAAGUCUGGUAAAUAAUAAUAUUUAUGAUGAUAUAAAGGUGAGACGGAGUCCUGACUCCUGACUGUAAAGGUUCUUAUUUAUUUCUUUUUAACUUAAAAAUCAUCAUUAAAAUAUUUUCCAACAACCUGAUAAUACUUAAUUCCUGUGACCAGUGUAAGUUUAAACAAUUUUGGGUUAACAAUAGAAAACACGCUUAAGCUGGCCAAGCAUAAAAGCCAUGACUUUUCGAAUGUCGACAGUUUCUCAAUAAAGAAACGUGGGUCCGCCCAUUGAUCGGGGGCUUUGAGAAUGCUGUAAACCGAUUAGGGAUCCGUGGCUCGAAUGGAGCCAUAAUAUUGGAAUUUCCCUAAGUCGGGCUCAGAGAAUAAACAAUUUGUUGGGCAGAAGAAAGUUGUGUGUGUUUUGUGAUGGAAAUUACGCUUGCCGCUCUACAAUAAUUAAAUCAUUCCGCCUCUGAAAACUAUAAGAAGAUACACGAUUGAUUUAAGCUGACAACCAAAAUCCGUUCCAAUUUCCAAUGGCGAUUGAGUCUUAACGGCGCUGACAAUAUGGAUUUGAUGCUUUUCGAUCGCGAUCGAGAUGGAGAUGAGGAUGGAGGCCUUUUGUGCGAUGCGACGACAAUGCAGUAACAAAGCGCUGGGCGCGUGAAUUAAUAAUCUCUGGUCCAUAAAAACAGAUGUCAGCUUAAAAUUCGGGCUCCGCCUUUGUGUGCUACUGGUUUUUUCCUAUUCAAUACCCCGGAUUACGCUACUUGUAUUGAGUUAGAUCUGUAAAAACGGCCUUCACGGGAGCCAAAAGUCAGACGAUUCGACUGCAGGCCAAAGCCAGGAAUGUAGUUUUUCGGAAUUGGUUUGGGUUUUUAUUUGGGUUUGCUGAGAAAAAUACAAAAUAAAGUGAUCUUGUCUGAGCGCUUUCGGAAGAGGUAAUUUAUUUUAUGGCUUUAUGAGGCAGGUUUUUAGUUGUUUUCUCUUGACUUUAAAAAGUGAAAAGUAAAUAAUUUCAUCGAUUUCUAGCAGUUCUAGAUUUGAGUAUGUGCUUAGACUUUUCCCUCAACUGGUCGCAUAUAUUUUCAGGCUAGAUUUUGUGCUAAAUUAUAUUUAAAUCAAAAUGAAUCCGGAAAAGUUAAAGAAGUUAGAGGAGCAGGUGCGCAUUGGCGGCAAGGGCACUCCCCGUCGCAAGAAGAAGAUCGUCCAUUCCACGUCCGCCACCGACGACAAGAAGUUGCAGUUGUCGCUGAAGAAGCUUUCGGUAAAGCCAAUCGCCGGCAUCGAGGAGGUCAACAUCAUUAAGAACGAUGGCACCGUCAUCCACUUCAACAACCCGAAUCUGCAGGCCUCUUUGCCGGCAAACACGUUUGCCAUCACGGGCCACGGUGAUCGGAAGACUAUUGCGGAGCUGAUGCCCAGCAUCCUGGCGCAACUGGGAUCCCAGGACAUCAAUCAGCUAAAGCAGCUAGCCACGGAGAUCGUUAAUAAGAGCUCGGCAGGAGGCGCUGCUUGUUCCGCUGCUGCCGAUGACGGGGAUGAUGAUGUGCCCGAUCUGGUGGAUAACUUCGAGGAGGUUGCCAUUGCCGCUGCCUCUGCUGACGGUGGGAAGGAGACUUCCGAUUAAAAGGAAGGCUUCAUAUGGAACAUAAACAAACACACAAGGCGGAGGAGCGAAGGGGCAGGCAGGUAUACAGGACAUACCGCCCAGCCGGACACACUACAAGACACGCUGAACACACGGGAUAAAGUCGCCCAGAUUCAGAACCCAGGCCAAGAGAGCAGUAUAUCGCUGGAAUACUCCUUUCCUUUGCCGUCCUUCGCCUUUUGACGGGGGUUGAAAACCCCAAAAAAAUUAGAAGUCUUCAUGUGUUGAGUUUUUGUAAGAAACUGAUUU